AUGGCGCUGAUCCCGUCGCAGGUUCUCCGGGUCGCCAUCCUCAUGUCGUAUUUCUCCAUCCUCUGCCACUACAAAGCGUUAGACAUGCCGGCACACCAGACCUACGGGGGCAGCUGGAAGUUUCUGACAUUCAUAGACUUGGUGAUCCAGGCGGUGUUUUUCGGACUGUGCGUCCUGAUCGAUGUGUCCAGUCUGCUGACUAGGGGAGGCGACAGCAGGGAGCAGGAGCGGCAGCUGAAGAAGCUGAUUGGCCUGAGGGACUGGAUGAUGGCCGUGCUGGCCUUCCCUGUCGGAGCGUUUGUGGUGUUCACGUUCUGGAGUCUCUACCUAUACGACAGGGAGCUGGUCUACCCCAAACUACUGGACAACUUCAUCCCUCAGUGGCUCAACCACGGCAUGCACACCACUGUUCUUCCCUUCAUCAUCAUCGAGAUGCGGACCACCCACCAUCGGUACCCCGGCAGGUCGUGCGGUCUGGCGGCCGUGUGCUGCUUCGGCGUGGGAUACAUCCUCUGGACGUGUUGGGUGCACCAGGUGACGGGCGUGUGGGUGUACCCGGUGCUGGAGCGCAUCACUCCGCUGGCUCGGGUCGCCUUCUUCAGCGCCAUGACGGCGGUGAUUUGUGUUUUCUACACCCUCGGAGAAAUCCUCAACAGCUACAUCUGGGACCAGCCGCACACAGAAAAGGUCAAAGGUGAGUGAUCUCCUCUCGACCGUGGGGGGGAGGGAGGGGGGGGGCGGGCGCAGGAGUCGGACAGAAGAGGACGAGUAGCGCCCCACCCCCGGCCCACCUCCCACCCAGGACAGCACAAGAAACGACAAACAAGCGACCUCUGGCGGAAGUGGAGAAGACCAUUUACCCUUUUGAACUAUACCCAAUAACGUAGAAAACCAUCCGUUAAAUGUAAAUCUAGAGGAAAAGGUGACCAAUGAAGUCCACACUUUGUGUGUGUGUGUGUGUGUGUGUGUGUGUGUGUGUGUGUG